CAAAUCAAACCACCUCAUUUAUCAGGAUAUGAACACAUAGACACACAUUCAACCAGACGUACAAACACAUCUGGGAGAAGAGACAAUAUAACAAACUAAGGAUUGUAUCACCACUGCCUGUCAGAGGAGUCAUGACCAAGGAGAUUGAGGCUCUCAUGGUACAACAGAACGAGAGUUUCAACUACUUGCGCUAUUCAGACAAUUACGCGAUGGACUCUUGGCCUUACGAGGACGACAUCAGCAAGACUAAACCCAGACUUCAGUCAGACGAAGACCUGGCUAUUGACAUCUUCUAUGAUACCUGCAAGACCUCAAAAGAGCCGAUGAUGACAUGUACCCGUGGUAGCAGCAUGUACAAAUCCAGAGAGGAGAGGACACCGAACAGCUCUUCCCCUGAGCUGGCCACACUGGAGAACGCUCAGAUCAUGAAAAUUCUUUCUGACAAUAUUCCCUUCAGCCACGUCAAGCAACCAUUAGCGAGCACUGAAAGCUUCCCAGUCAACAUCAACAACAUCUUGGAGUCCCUCCUCCCCCCACAGUCACAGAAAUCAUGGCAAUCUCACCCAAACUUUCUCGAGGUCACCCCUGAGCCUCUUAGCAACCGCAAUGUUUUUGUGGGACAGACAAGCCCUGUAUACUCCUACCCCAACUCUUCUCCAGAGAGAUACAGGAAUGACUUCCAAUUCGUUCUUGGCUCCCCACAAGCUUCCCAGCACAAAACUACAGAAAUACCCAUGGUGUACCUCAACAAGGGGCAGUUUUACCCCAUCACGCUGCAGGGAGUGGACAGCACUGCUGGGGUGUCAUGCAGCAAAGUAAAAACGGUGAUCAUGGCUGUGUUUGAGAAUGACAAGAGUCCUGAGAUGCAGCUAAAGUACUGGAACCACUGGCACGCUCGACAGCCUACCGUCAAACAAAGAGUCAUUGAUAUCGCUGACUACAAGGAAGUUUUCAGCGGAGUUAGUAAUUUGGAAGAGGUUGCUUUCAACGCGCUGUCCUUUAUCUGGAACACCAAUGAAGAAGCAAAGGUGCACAUUGGCAUCAACUCUCUGAGCACCGACUUCUCCUCACAGAAGGGGGUCAAAGGUCUUCCUCUGAAUCUUCAGAUCGACACGUAUGAUUUCAGCUCAGGGAACAACCGUCUUAUUCACAGAGCUGUUUGUCAGGUCAAGAUCUUCUGCGAUAAGGGUGCUGAGAGGAAGAUGAGAGACGAGGAGAGGAAGAGGAGCAAGAGGAGGACCAAAAAUGUUGCAGACUCCAGCAACAAUGGUUGCAAACAGUCCCAAGUCUCAAGCUCUGUUGGAAAGGACUCUACCUACUUUAAAACUCUAGAUGAUCACAUCACACAACCUGUUUUAUUCAUCCCAGAGAUGCACUUCAGCACAAUGCAGCGCUGUGGCCUGGUGCCCCCUGUUAGCCUGGAAGAAAUGGACAAGACAUCACGGAAACGUAUCAGCAGCUACGCAGACGGUGGCGACCAGAGCAGCUCUCCUCCAAGCAAACAAGCCCGCCGAGACGAGCAACAGAGAGUUUUACUCUACGUCAGACGAGAGACCGAGGAAGUAUUUGAUGCCCUCAUGUUGAACACGCCAACCCUCAAGGGCCUGAGAGAAGCGAUUUCAGAAAAGUAUGGUAUGCAAGAAGACACCAUUGGGAAAAUCUUCAAGAAGUGCAAAAGAGGGAUCUUUGUGAACAUGGACGACAACAUUAUCGAGCAUUACAGCAACCACUCUGCCUUCCUCAUUGAGAUCACUGAAAUUAUGAUCAGCCACUUCCAGAUCACACUAAUGGAGUUAUAAAUGACAUCAUCCACUAGCCACAUCACACCUGGUUCUGCUGGCAGCUUCUCUCUGCCUUCUCGAUCGAAAAGCACGACUGUGAGCCAGAUUCUGCAGUGCCAGAACUGUCGCUAUGGAAACAAACGAGCUCACCUGCCAGUUAUAUCAUAAUCAGUUUCAACAGACAUAUCAAUAUUGACCAGUGUAAAUACCAGUUACCUCUUUUGUACCUUUUGUAUUUUAUCUACAACUAUUUUAUAACAUGAGCAAUUAUGAUCAACAAGGUACAUUGUAAAUAUUAAUUGUAAAUAGACAUAAUUAUCAUAA